CCUUGAGCUGGUGACAGAAUAUCCGUUUGCGAAGUUGAUAUUAUCAGCCCUAUGUUUUUGCAGUUGACAUGACCGUUUCAUGAAACCCUUACAGAUAUCUAAAACAUUUUACUAACACUUUUAACUCCUUAACCGACCCCUUAACCGAUGAGCAAGAGCUCUUCGCAUAGCUCCAGCGCCGGAAAUGUUCCAGUGGAGCAUAAAACAGAAGCGCCCUCAAAUCAAACAGAGCAGAGCCGGAAUGCUUUUACCGAACUUAUGGCCCCCAAAACCAAACCGCCGCUACAACCAAUAUCCGCCUCUCACAAGCUCUCAAACGUAUUCAACUCCCGUGAUAACCUAGGCCCCUAUAUCGAAAAUCCUUCAGCGUUUCCCCCUUCCGUCGUCCUCUACUAUAACGAUGACUUCGUUGCCGUCCAUGACCGCUACCCCAAGUCCUCGCUCCACCUCCUCCUCCUACCACGCAAUCCAGCAAAAACACGCCUACACCCCUUCGAAGCUUUGGAAGACCCAGAAUUCCUUCAGAAGGUCCAAAAAGAGACGAAGAAAUUAAAACGUCUAGCAGCUGCGGAAUUACGGAGGAUGUACAGCACAACUUCCGCACAAGAAAUCGCGCGCCAGCAAGCUAUGGAUGCGGAUCCACCGCCCGACGAACUGCCAGCCGGUCGCGACUGGGAGAAGGAGAUUAUGUGCGGCAUCCAUGCGCACCCUUCUAUGAACCACUUGCAUAUACAUGUUCUUGCCGUAGAUAGGUUUAGCCCAUGCCUCAGACAUCGGAGACAUUAUAAUAGCUUUUCAACCCCUUUUUUCGUCGAUGUUGAGGAUUUUCCGUUGGCGGAGGAUGAUGUGCGGAGGCAUCCGGGGAGGGAAGGGUAUUUGAGGCUCGAUUUUAAGUGCUGGAGGUGCGGAAAAAUGUUUGGCAAUAAAUUUCAGCAGCUGAAGGCCCAUCUGGAAGAGGAGUUUCAAGCUUGGAGGGCACUUUGACCAAUGCUUGCCUGACGAAUAAUAAUUUUUUUAUUUUAAUGUUUAUUGUUCCCAAUCCCUCACUCAGGGUUCCGUCGUGUAUGCUGGAGGUAAAUUAUAUACAUUGGCUCAACAUCUCAUCAUAGCUUGAUGCUAUAGAAUUGCGGACCUUAGGGUAAAUAAUAAAAAUUGUAUUUUCAAGAUGCCAUGGGAAUAUCGAACAAACACCACGAAAUAUUCUUCCUCUUUCGUAUGAACCCAGAUCGAAUAUAUAUUAUUUGAUAAGUAAUACAAAUUUAAAAUGGAAAGAAAGGAACAAGAUACCGAACCCAAAUGUACUAAUACAAAGUCGCAUCGCGGAAAGCUACCAAUCCCGUUUGGGUCAAGGGAGCUCUCCACAAGACGCAUAUUGUUAUCGCUGGUUUUGGAGGAUCCGUUCCAAACUAUAUCAACUAUUGUUCUUCUUUUUUAACCGGACUCCGGAAAGAAAUGACAAUCGC